AUGUUUACCAGUUUACGUUUCUUGAAUGGCAAUAGUUUGUUUUAUUUGUGCAUUUUCCUGCUGGCUCUAUGGCACAGUGGUGCCAGUUUUGAAGUUUCCAAUAGACCCGUCACGGAAGAUUGCCUGGAAUGCCUAUGUGAAGCUAUGAGUGGAUGCAAUGCCACUGAGAUAUGUGUGAAUGGAGCUUGUGGAAUAUUUCGUAUAACUUGGGGUUACUGGAUAGAGGCAGGUCAAUUGACUUUGUCGAAUGAUACAACACUAAACGAAGAGGCCUUUACCAACUGUGUGAAUGAGCCAAGAUGCGCUGCCGACACUGUCCAGAGUUAUAUGUACAAACAUGGCCAGGAUUGCAAUGGAGAUGAUCUCAUCAAUUGUCUGGACUAUGGAUCUCUGCACAAAAUGGGAAAUCUCAAAUGUCGAGCCGAAGUGCCCAAUAGUUUUGGUUCCGUUUUCUAUAAAUGUCUUAAGCUGAAGGAGAAGCAGGAGAAAAUGAAAAAACCAAUUCUCACACACAUUUAACUAAAUAACUUUUUCUUUAUUUUCAAUUUUUUUCUUUUGCAUUUUUA